UACUCAGGAUCAGCGGGUCGGUUGUUGCAGAAGAGUUUUUUUUUUAUUUUCCACUAUCUUUCUUUUUUUUACGCUGUUGUUUGAUUUUAUGUUUUGCCAUGACUUACCAACAUUUAGGUGUUUCCUUUGAUAAUAGGACAGUAUUAUCAGAUAAAAAGAUGCACACUUUGGCGAUUGUCUACAUAUCCUCUCUAUCGCUAAGCUUGAUAGGAAGUGGUUCUAUAAUUGUUGUUUCUGUGAUCAAGAAGAGAUAUCUUGAUGAACAGGCCCGACCCCUGUUCCAGCUGGCUUUGGCUGACUUCUUGGCAGCUGCAGCCCUGCUUGCUACAAGUACAAUUGAAAUACUGCCAGCUAAACUCCUUGCAUUAUGCAGGUUUUGCCCAUAUGGAAUGGCACUGGCAAUGUCCUUUUACUGUACCAUAUUCCUGCUAGUUAUGGUUUACGCUUACGAAGCCAAACAAGCAGUUCAAGGGUGGAGGGAAGCAUCAGACCCAGGCUGGCAGCAAGAAAAUCAUUGCAGAAGGAAAAAGAAGACUCUUUAUUUGUUAUAUUUUCUUGCAUGGUCUCUUCCAGCGCUGGGCUUUCUCACUAAAGUGAUUACCAUUCUGAAUUCUGCAACCGAAAUCAUGCCAGGCAACCUGAAUGUUACUAACUGUUUUUAUUGCUCCAGUUGUAUUUUGGUACUUAUUCACAAUGAUGUCUGCGGGCUGCAAGACACAUUGAAAGAAAACCUAAUGAAAAUCUUGUUCUUCUUGUAUGCACUGGUAGUGUUGACCUCCUGCACAGUUGUGUACUGUAAAGUGAGGCAGUGGUGCCGGAGACAGCAGGAGGAGUGUUUACUCCUUGUAGAAGGAGACGGGUUUAACAGUAGGAAUAUCCGCGGCAUUUACGUGACUGCUCGAUGCAUCUUGCUUGUAUUUUUAAUCUGCUGGACACCAGCUUUUAUACUUGUCUUACUGGGCUUGUUAUUACAUGAUGUUAGUCCACAAAGCCUGCACUUCCUUUAUAUUUUACAGGUUUUACAGGCAUCCAUAAUGCCGCUUCAGGGCUUUCUGGACAGUAUAGCCUAUGGAUGGUUCCGACGUAAUUUCCGUGAAGUUGCGCUGGGAGAGAGAGUAGCACUGCUGGCAUAUGUGCAUUCUAGAGCUUUCUAUGAUGAAUCACUUACCACUUAAAUACGCUGAAACAAGUAAAACACAACCCAAAAACAACCCCGGCAGCUGCUGCUGAUAAUUCCACCUUGGCACCAUUAUUCCCUUCCUCAGAAAAGUUUAAAGGUGAAACCGUGUACAACACACGGUCAGCACAAUUAUGUAUUCAUUAUUUUUGUGUGUUUUCCUUUUAAGCUUCUUUGUUGUUGAUUUUAAAUAUAAAAGCUACAGAUUGUGUUUGUUUGUAAAUGUUUUUGUGCCUUUGUUUUGGUGUUCCCUGACAGGACUGAUAAUAACUCCACAAAAUGAUGUCUAAGUUACAGUGUGCAUUCAAAUAUUAACCCUUUGCUGCACAGUGUCCAAUAUAUUUGACAUUGAGAGAAUAGGGAUUAAAUAGGUAUGGGAACAUACCCAGGGCAGUACAGGGUUAAAAUAAAACAAGCAAAGAACAAAACAAAAAAAUGGUCACAAUGAAGACAUCCAGUGAAUAAGAAAUAAGGAAACAGUUGCCUUGUAUCACUUAUAAA